UACUUCCGUUUCCGCUACAACCUGCUUGACGCGGAAGAGGAAUAGCGUGUUUUUGUGUGUCUUCACGGAAUUUUGGUGUGAGUAAAUAUAUUUUCACACCAAAUAUUGAUUUGUAUAGCAUUACAGAUUAAUGGAUGACAUUGGCACAAAACAACUUUUUAAAGUUUGGAUACAUCUGGAAUAUUUAUCAUGUUUUAAAGACUAACAGAAAAUGCUUUAGAGAAGAGAUAUAAUAACCCAACUGUUAGAAAUCUAUGGCUGAAUUACUGUGAAAUAUUUGCUCUGAGCAGAGAUUCAUAGCAACGUUUCUCCAUUUUAUUAUCUGGUGCUUCUGCAUUCUAAUUAAACUUGAAUAUAUUUCUAAAGCGGUUUGCAGCAUCUUUAGGUAUUGAUAAAGGUCACAGUUGAUAGCAGUAGAAAUAUUUCUAAGGAAUAAAUUAUAACAAGAGAAAAAAAAAAAGGAAAUUAUAUGUUGUGGUGAGAGAAGAAAGAUAAGGGGAAAAUUUGAAUAUUGGAAGAAACUUCAAAGGUUGGAUUUAGUUUUUAUCCCUUAGAGAAAUGUCAAAAGAAUUAGGAAAAUCACAACAUUGGUGUGAAAUCUGUGGUAAAUCAUUCUUUAGAAGUACUGAACUAGUUAAACACAUUCGUGUUCAUACAGGUGAGAAGCCAUUUCACUGUGAUACCUGUGGUAAAUCAUUCUCUCUAAGUCAUCACUUAACUGAACAUAAACGUAUUCACACAGGUGAGCGACCACAUCACUGUGAUAUCUGUGGUAAAUCAUUCUCUGCAAGUAGUACCUUAACUAAACACAAACGUAUUCACACAGGAGAGAAACCAUAUCACUGUGAUAUCUGUGGCAAGGCAUUCACUGAGAAUGGUCACUUACACAGACACAAACGUUUUCAUACAGGAGAAAAGCCAUUUCACUGUGUUACCUGUGGUAAAUCAUUCUCUGAAGGUAAUGCCUUAACAACCCACAAACGUAUUCAUACAGGAGAGAGACCGUAUUGCUGCAAUAUCUGUGGUACAUCAUUUUCUGAAUGCGGAGUCUUAGUAAGACACAGACGUAUUCACACAGGAGAGAGACCAUAUCACUGUGUUAUCUGUGGAAAAUCAUUCUCUGGAAUUAAUGACCUGACUAGACACAAACGUAUUCAUACGGGGGAAAAACCAUAUCACUGUGACACCUGUGGUAAAUCAUUCACUGCAAAACAAAACUUAAUUAAACAUAGACGUAUUCAUACAGGGGAGAAACCAUAUCACUGUGACAUCUGUGAUAAAUCAUUCUCUCAGAGGAAUGGCUUAACUAGUCACAAACGUAUUCAUACAAGAGAAAAACCAUAUUACUGUGAUGUCUGUGGUAAAUCAUUCUCUCAGAGAAGUAAAUUAACUAGACAUGCAUCUAUCCAUGUGAAAGUGUGAUUGUCAAAAUUCAUCAGAACACCCAACAACAGCCAAUAUUUCAAAUCCGUUUCUCCUGUCAAAUCAUGGUUUAAUCUUUGUGCCCUUAACAAUAAUCAUUGACCCCCCCUGACAGUAACCAAAGUUACCCUUUUGAGAGAAUUUAUUACAGCCAAAUGCCUUUCCUUAUGUCAACCACUUCAGUAGAUUCUUCCAUGGCAUUCACAGAGUUUAGUUGGAGAAGAGUUGCUUCUUAAAAUCCAUUCUAUUCAGAAAAUAACUUGUAAACAUAAAUUUAUUCACAUAAUUAAAAAAAAUACAUGAGUGUGAUAACAAGCUGCUAUCACUACAUUUUAUGUAGCCACUACAUUGGCAAGAUAACAUAUUGUGAUAUUUCAAGUAUAAAUAUAUAUAUAUAUAUAACAUACAGGGGUUGGACAAAAUAAUGGAAACACCUUACAAUUUCAAACAAAUUCAUUUUGAUAUGGGGUAGGACUGCUUUUGGCAGUAAUUACAGCAUACAAAAGUGUAACUAUAUCAAUGUCAAAAUUCAUUGAGUUUCUUAACAACCAACAUUUUAAGAUCUUUUUCCCUGUUCGACCCUUAGUUAGUCCUGAGGUCUUAACAGUAAUGUGUAAAGCCUUCACUUGAAUCAUAGUCAUCAUGGUUCUUUCUUUGAGGUACUAUUUUCUGACCACAUUAUCUGUUUGUAGCCAGUUUAGUAGCCUCUUGCAACAUACAAGGAUGUGGGAUUCUAUCUGCAUCCACUUCUGUUCUAAACUGGAUACAACUACUAUGUCAAAAUUGCUUCUAAAAAUAUGUACCUUAUGUAACCAUAAAUAAAAAUGUCUUAUAGAACUGUAAAUGUACACAGAACAGAUGAUGUAGUCUUACUAUAUAAAGUAUGUUGUCAGUGUGUGUGUCCUGUAUGCAUGGCUAAACCUCUGGAUCAGUCUGUACCAUACUUGAUGUACAUGCAUAAUUUGGCCUGGGAAAUGGUACCAUCUUGAUUUAUAUUUUUAUUAAAAAUACAUAAUAUUGCUUUAUAUGUAUAUUAAAGAUUCACGUCUUGAAA